AUGUCAAUGCCUAACACCGAGAUUGAAUGUGCUCGAAACAUUGCCCUUCUUUACUACCUCGGUAGAAUUGGCUGCAAGCCCCAAAGGAACAGCAUUCAAGACUGCGAGCCUAUGUGCAAGGCAGACAUCAACAGGGCACUGUCUUUGCAGGAUGAGAAGUUACUCACAUCAACACUGGCGUUUCUUUCGAGUAUCCGAGAUGAUGCUAUGAGGGUCACAGCAGUCUGUGUAGAGGAGAAUAAAUCUAGUGUUGUGGUCAUGGUUACAGCCAAUGCAAAGGAUAGUCAUAACUCACCAUCAUAUUUUGACGCUGCCAAGGAAGGGUUUGAUAAGAUAUUCAGAUCACUCAGUUUGUCUGGAGACUCCAGUAUCUUCUGA